AUGACUGUGGACGUUCGAUCCAACCACGGCCCGGCGGUCCCUGCCCAGUGGCUACGGCAGACACCCAGCGACACAUCUUUCGAAGAAAUGCGGAGGAGGUUGAGAGAAGACGGCUAUGUCUACGUCAAGAAUAUCCUUCCAAGAGAGGAUGUGCAGAAAGUUCGCGAGGAGUACUUUAAGUUAUACGAGCCGACCGGAAUAAUUAAGCCAGGCUCGGCACUUGAAGAGGGAAUCUUCAACGAUUCGAAUGAUCCGCUCCAGCAUGGUGGGAUAGGAGCUGGAGAACUUCCACCAACGCCUGAGCAGGUCCAAGCUAUGAUCGAUGCGCACACACAGCCCGAGUACCUCCAGCUUCUAGAACAUCCUAAUCUCCGAUCAUACGUCAAGGGAAUAAUGGAUUGGAAGAAGGAAAUCCUGCUGAAGCGCACCAUGAUCAGACACAAUGCCCCACACGCGCUCAGCACCGGGGUACACUAUGACAAGCUGUUCCUUCGAAAGGGAGAAGCUGAAUUCCUAACGGCGUGGGUACCUAUUGGAGAUAUUAGGGCUGACGGGGGCGGCCUGAUGUAUCUGGGCGAUUCUGUCAAAGUGGGCCGUGAGAUUGAAGCGGAUUUUACCCGUCGAGCCAAGGACCUUUCUGAAGAAGAGCGACUGAGCGCAUUCAACGUGCAUAUGGAAAAAUAUGGACAAUUGUCACAGGAUGCGAACGAGUUUGGCAGCGCUCAUGAGACAAACGGCGGAGUCGGUGAUCGGCACUGGCUUGUGGCUAAUUACGAGGCUGGCGACGUGGUAUUUCAUGACCCAUAUAUUGUGCAUGCAAGCUCGAAGAACGAGGGCCACGAUGGACGAAUUCGCGUCAGCACAGACCUCCGAUUUUACGAGGAGGGAAGUGACAUGGAUGACCGGUGGAUGAAAUUAUGGACACCUGGGGACGGGCUGUAA